AUGAAACGAGUUUCAUUGUUCUUCAGAAGACUGCUUUAUCUAAGCCGGCGGAGGAAUACGAAAGCAGUGAAGCUUCUGUUAGUUUCUAUAAUCUUAGUAACAUUAACAUUACUUGGGAUUCAACAUGCAUCUAAUUAUAUGGAGGUUGAUAUAUUACCACAAUCUAUUAAUUAUUUGAACUUUUUACAGAACGGAUUUGGUGGUACGAAUCAAGCUCACUAUUUUGAUCAGGAUAAAUUGACAGAAAUGAUGAAAUAUACCAUGGAGCGAGUAAGGUCACAUUCAUCAACAGCCGUUGUGGAUAGAACAAAAAACAAGGGCUGUCAGUUGGGUGAUGUCGGUGCUAAUGCUGUCGAUAAGUUUUCCAAGGUGACGAAAGAACAAUUGCUGAAAUGCAUUGAUUUCCCGCAAGAGACUUUCGAGCAAUUGAAGGAUUCGCACACUACGUUUCUCGAUACACUAACCAAUGAUAUAUUGGAUGAGUAUCCGACGGAUCUCUAUGGAGGAAAAGGUAUUGUUAUAGUGGGUGGUGGGAAAUAUACUUUGUAUGCGAUGCCUGCCAUAAAAGCUGUUAGAACUAAUGGUGAUCCAACAAUACCCAUCGAAUUGAUGAUUCCACCCGAAAAUGAUGGUGAAGAUGCCUUUUGUGAAAAUGUUUUACCUGAAUUGGAUCCAUCUGGUUUGACUCGUUGCAUUUAUAUGAAUCAAGUAUUUGAUGAACAGACUUUGAAAGACGUAAAAGGUUAUCAAUUGAAGGCAUUAGCACUGUUGGCUUCAAGUUUCGAAAAAGUAUUGUUAUUGGAUGCGGAUAAUUAUGUGGUUAACUCUAUUAGGGAUAUCUUUGAACUGGAUGUGUUUAAAGAAUUUGGAUUAAUUCUAUGGCCAGAUUAUUGGAGACGUUUGCACCACCCACGGUUAUACGAUAUUGUUGGCAUUUCUGUAAAUGAGAAUAAGAGGGUAAGAUAUUCUAUGGACGAUGUGAGUCCAACAGAAUUAUAUGAGGAAAAAGAUCAAUCAAAGAUUCCAUUCCACGACUUCGAAGGUGCCAUCCCCGAUGGCGGUACCGAAUCUGGUCAAUUGUUGGUAGAUAAAUCCAAACAUCUAGGGACUAUUAUUUUAAGUCUUUACUAUAACUACAAUGGUCCUUCACAGUACUACCCACUCUUGGGACAAGGGUUCGCAGGUGAAGGUGAUAAAGAUACGUUUGCACUAGCAGCUACCGCUUUAACUCAAAGAGGAAUUGUUUCAGCUUAUCACCAAGUAAAAACGCCUGUUGGUACAAGUGGUUACUGGGCUAACUCUAAGGAUGAAACACCGUUUGAAAAAGGAUUGCCUGAUGCUCAAAGAUCUUACCGUGGCGUUGCAAUGUUACAGCAUGAUCUAUUGGGUGAUUUUGAAGCGUAUAUGAAUGCUAUACAUGAUCUUUCUGAUUCUUAUGAUGAAGAUUUUAAAAUUUACUAUCAUAGAAGACUUGGUCAAAGGCCGUUAGAAGAGGAUAAUUCGGAAAGCAGAGAAAAGGUCGCUAAUUGGGAAAAGAAGAUUCGCGAAGAUUUUUGGAAGUCUCAUAAAGUAGAUUACGACUUAAAGAGUUUCUUGCAACACUUUAAAGAUGUGCCUGUACUUUUCGUCCAUUCUCAUUUACCCAAAUACAAUCCAUGGCUGUUAUCACAAUUUGGUGAUUUGAAAUACGAUGGUAAAAGGGUUUUGGAAAAGCAUGCCGAUGAUCCAAAUUUCAAGCCAUCUCGUCAUGGGCAUUACAGAAUGUAUGGUGAUGAAUUUAAGGAAAAGAUAAAUUAUGAUUUAGAAUUAGCUAAUUUCAUCACAAUGCGCGAUCACAUAUGUGCAGUUGAGGAUGGGUACAAAAACUUCAGCUAUCUGUCCAAAGAGGUGAAUCAAGAGGAUAAGGGUUUUGAGAAGUACAGAGCCAUGUGUGAUUACAUUGCUGAAAGAGUUGACAUGCUUUCAGACACUACAUGGUUAGGGAGUGUUUAUUAA